AUGCAGAAAAUCCUACUUUUUGCAUUUAUUGUGGCUGUUGUGGCUGACGCGUGUACUUUGAAAUGUCCAGAUGGAUUUAUGACAUUCAAAAGAACUCCUACUUGUAAGAAUUCGAUGACAAGUUUGUGGUGUGUCAAGACAAUCUUCCCUGAACAAUUAAUCAAUGUCACGACUGCCAAGAGUCUUUGUGAAAAGGAAGGAUCCGUGUUGACUACUUUUGAGAAUGAUGAUGAACGUCUUCAAAUUUCUUCUGCUCUUCUCGCUGGAUUAGCUUCAAAGAAACAGUAUUAUGGAGCAAUGAUUCUGGAUGGACACCGUCUCUCUCAAUGUCAGACUCAAGACCGUUCUAUUCUGAGUGCUUCUCCCUGUAACUCUCCAACAACUGCCUUCACAACUGACGAUAAACAUACAGAUAACACUUUCAUGUUCUUGAAUUGGGCAGCAACUGAACCAAGUGCCUCAUUCUACGAAAAAGGAGUUGAAUCCUGUGUUCAGUUGGGAAUUCAUCCACUCGGUGAUCGUGAUAAGAAAAUCAAUGAUAUUCUUUGUGAUUAUGAGAAGUCUCCGUUGAAUCCUGCUGCCGGUUAUUUCUGGAAUUUCGGAGUUGCCUGUGGACGUCUCCCAGAUUAUCAAUGA